AUGGACGCGCCCGACCGCAAGAGACUAAAAUCAACGUACAAGGCACAGGAACUUCCGCCGCUGCCGCCUGGCUGGACCGAACACACAGCUCCAACAGGUACUUUUCAAAAAGUCAUCCAUAUCAACUCUAAGCACUCUAACGCGCUGCANGGUCACAAAUACUAUUACAACGCCGCUACUAAAGCCUCGACAUACACACGUCCAGCCGCUACCCCUGCCGCUCCUACUCCACCUCCACCACAACCUGCCUUUUCUCCGCCGCCGGCUGCUCAGUAUGCACCGAAUCCUGUCGCCCAAAACAGCUAUAAUCCCGCUGCUCAAUACGGCCAAUUCGCUGCCCCUGCAUACAAUCCAUACCCAUCGAAUGCCCAGUACAAUUCACAAGUAUCAUACGGCCAGCCUGGAUUCAACCCAGCCGCUGCCUCCCACGAGCCACGACGCCGACCACAGCCCCAAGAUCGCCCUAAGCGCAAGGAAGUCAUUCCAAACUGCAAGCCAUGGGUCGUUGUCUACACCAAGCUUGGCCGACGUUUUAUCCACAACCCCGAAACCAACGAGAGUUUCUGGAAGUUCCCAGACGAUGUCAUGAAGGCCGUCGUUGAAUUUGAUCGCUUGAAGCUGGAUGAAAAACUCAAGACUCCUGACGAGGCUAGUGGUGCCAACAAACUCCCUGUGGCAGAACGCGCUCGUAAAGAAGAAUCCGUGAAGGACACAUCUGAGAAGCCUGAGGACAAGGCCAAAUCGCAAGAACCGGAGAAGCCACAACAAGAUGCCGCUGGAUCAGACUCGGAGUAUGAGGAAAUUGAGGUCACAGACGACGAAGACGAGGAAGGCGGUGCGCAACGUCAAGAUGAAGCUGACGUAGAAGCCGAAGAGGGACCUCUUGAAUUCGACGAAGACGAUAUCGCGUAUCAACUGGCUGCAAUGGAGGAUUCGUAUGGCCUUGAUCGCGGCGAGUUCGGAGGUGGUGGUGAAGACGAAUAUGAAGAGGGCAUGGAAGGCAUCCCCCUGACCGAUGAAGACGGUGCAGCACUAUUUUGCGACAUGCUCGAGGACCAACACAUUUCGCCCUACAUACCUUGGGAAACACUCAUCUCUGAUGGUCGCAUCAUAGACGAUAGCAGGUAUACCGCUUUGCCGACCACAAAACGCAGAAAGGAUGUUUGGGGUGACUGGACUCGUACAAAGAUCGCACAACUCCGCGAACAAAAGGCAAAGCAGGAGAAACUGGACCCACGCAUUCCUUACUUAUCGCUCCUCUCGGAAAAAGCAACACCAAAACUUUACUGGCCAGAGUUCCGCAGGAAGUACAAGAAGGAGGAUGCGAUGCGCGAUGCAAAGCUUAGUGACAAGGAGAGGGAGAAACUGUACCGCGAACACAUUGCUCGUCUCAAGCUUUCGUCAUCACAGCUGAAGUCAGAUCUGGUUUCUCUACUCAAAUCUCUACCUCUGAAGCACCUGAACAGAGAUGCCAGACUUGAGGAUCUGCCUAAGGAUCUCCUGACAGAUAUUCGAUUCAUCUCUCUACCUCCCAAAGCCCGCGAUGACCUACUCGAGGCUCACAUCUCUACCUUGGCACCUGCGCCUGAUGAGGAGGAAGCAGCAACGGAGGAGGAAAGAGCGGAACAGGAGAAACGAGUCAAGGAAAGGAGACGCAGGGAACACGCACUGAGGGAAAGAGAACAGAAAGUCGAGGAAGAGAAGAGAAAGAGGGAAAGAGAAUUGGCAUUUGGACGUGGUAGAUUGGGUGAGGCUGAGAGAGAACUGGAGAUGGCCAUGAAGGUCGGGAGGAGUGGAUUGAGAGCGCAGAUAGACGAGGCCAAGGAGGACAAUGAGUAA